CCGCUUCUGUGCGUCUACUUUAAGGACGCUUGUGUGUGUUGGAGCGGCGCCGCUGGCUGGGGCUUCGAACGGUGCGAUGAUAAUAGACGCAUAUGCGGUAGACAACACACCUUUCACUCAGCGAAACAGCCACCAAACAGCUUCCGGACGCUCCUCGUCGCACCUUUAACCACUUGGAGCGAAGUGCCAGCACUACCAUGUCCAGGCCAAUAGGGGCCGGCAUCAACGAUGUCACCCGCUUCCUCUCCUCGGGGGCGGUGCCCACCUCCCCCGGCGCCAACACUCCCGUGUUCUCCGCCGCCAGCCAAGCGGACUGGGCGGCCAAGCGGCUGGUGUGGGUUCCCUCGGAGAAGCACGGCUUUGAGUCGGCCAGCAUCAAGGAGGAGCGCGGAGACGAGGUGGAGGUGGAGCUGACGGAGACACAGAAGCUGCUGCACCUUUCCAGGGAGGAGAUCCAGCGCAUGAACCCACCCCGCUUCAGCAAGGUGGAGGACAUGGCCGACCUCACCUGCCUCAACGAGGCCUCUGUGCUGCACAACCUGCGGGAGAGAUACUACUCCGGCCUGAUCUACACCUACUCCGGCCUCUUCUGCGUGGUGGUGAACCCUUACAAGAACCUGCCCAUCUACACCGAGUCCAUCGUGGAGAUGUAUCGGGGCAAAAAGCGCCACGAGAUGCCGCCGCACAUUUACGCCAUAUCGGAGGCGGCGUACCGGAGCAUGCUUCAAGACCGAGAAGAUCAGUCCAUCCUCUGCACGGGCGAGUCUGGUGCAGGGAAAACGGAAAACACCAAAAAAGUCAUUCAGUAUUUGGCUCAUGUGGCCUCCUCUCACAAGAGCGGACCUCAGGGGAGGACAAAAGAACCUUUGCCGACGGAUGCGAGUCGCUCCCUGACCGCUCUGGUUCAGAUGGAUGCGAGUCGCUCCCUGACCAGAGGCAGCACCCUGGCCCACAGGGGAGAGCUGGAGAGACAGCUCCUGCAAGCCAACCCCAUCCUGGAGGCUUUCGGCAACGCUAAAACGGUGAAGAAUGACAACUCCUCCAGAUUUGGUAAAUUCAUCCGCAUCAACUUCGACGUGGCGGGGUACAUCGUGGGCGCCAACAUCGAGACCUACCUGCUGGAGAAGUCCCGGGCCACCCGCCAGGCCAAGGAGGAGCGCACCUUCCACAUCUUCUACCAGAUGUUGCACGGCGCCUCUGAGGAGACUAAAAAGGACCUGCUGUUAGGCACCGCAGACCAGUACCGCUUUCUCAGCGGGGGUGCCGUAAAUGUCCCCGGUCAGAGUGACUCCGAGAACUUCACCCAGACCAUGGACUCCAUGGGCAUCAUGGGCUUCAACCCGGAAGAGCUGAUGUCCAUGCUGAAGGUCAUCUCCGCCGUGCUCCAGUUCGGCAACAUCUCCUUCACCAAGGAGAAGAACCAAGACCAGGCCUCCAUGCCCGACAACACGGCGGCCCAGAAGCUCUGCCACCUGCUGGCCAUCAACGUGCUGGAGUUCACCCGGGCCAUCCUCAACCCCAGGAUCAAAGUGGGCCGGGAGUACGUGCAGAAGGCCCAGACCAAGGAACAGGCGGACUUUGCCGUGCAGGCCUUGGCCAAGGCCACCUACGAGCGGCUGUUCCGGUGGCUGGUGCACCGCAUCAACCGAGCUCUGGACCGCAGACAACGGCAGGGAGCUUCCUUCAUCGGCAUCCUCGACAUCGCCGGCUUCGAGAUCUUUCAGCUGAACUCCUUCGAGCAGCUGUGCAUCAACUACACCAACGAGAAGCUGCAGCAGCUCUUCAACCACACCAUGUUCAUCCUGGAGCAGGAGGAGUACCAGCGCGAGGGCAUCGAGUGGAACUUCAUCGACUUCGGCCUGGACCUGCAGCCCUGCAUAGACCUCAUCGAAAAACCGACCCACCCGCCCGGGGUCCUGGCCCUGCUGGACGAGGAGUGCUGGUUCCCCCGGGCCACCGACCGCUCCUUCGUGGACAAGCUGAGCGGCGAGCAGGGCACACAUCCCAAGUUCUUCAAGUCCAAGCAACCUCGCGGGGAGGCCGACUUCUCCAUCAUCCACUACGCUGGCAAGGUGGACUACAAGGCCAAUGACUGGCUGGUGAAGAACAUGGACCCUCUCAAUGACAACGUUGCUUCUCUCCUCCAUCAAUCAUCCGACCAUUUUGUGUCUGAGCUGUGGAAAGAAGUGGACCGCAUCAUCAACAUGGAGCAGAUGGCUGCGGGGGAGAGCAGUGGUCCGGUCACCUUCGGAGCAGGGGGGCUGAAGACCAAGAAGGGAAUGUUCCGGACCGUGGGCCAGCUCUACAAGGAGUCCUUGGCCAAGCUCAUGGCCACGCUGAGGAACACCAAUCCCAACUUCCUGCGCUGCAUCAUCCCCAACCACGAGAAGAGGGCCGGCAAGCUGGCACCUCACCUGGUUCUGGACCAGCUCAGGUGCAACGGGGUCCUGGAAGGGAUCCGCAUCUGUCGACAAGGCUUCCCCAACCGCAUCCCCUUCCAGGAGUUCAGACAGAGAUACGAGAUUCUGACCCCCAACGCCAUUCCUCGCACCUUCAUGGACGGCAAACAGGCGUCGGAGCUCAUGAUCAAAGCCUUGGAGCUGGAUCCCAACCUGUUCCGCGUGGGCCAGAGCAAGGUGUUCUUCAGGGCCGGCGUCCUGGCCCACCUGGAGGAGGAGCGAGACCUGAAGAUCACCGACACCAUCAUCCGCUUCCAGAGUGCGGCCAGAGGCUACCUGGCACGCAAGGCCUUCAUGAAGAAGCAGCAGCAGCUGGGAGCUCUGAGGGUGAUGCAGAGGAACUGUGCCGCCUACCUCAAACUCAGGAACUGGCAGUGGUGGAGGCUCUUCACUAAGGUGAAGCCACUCCUGCAGGUGACUCGUCAGGAUGAGGAGAUCCAGGUGAGAGAGUCUGAGCUCCUGAAGGCCAAGGACAAACUGACCCGGGUGGAGCAGGACUUCAUCGACCUGGACAAGAAACACGUGCAGCUGAUGGAGGAGAAGGCGGUGCUGGCCGACCAGCUGCAGGCGGAGGCGGAGCUGUUUGCCGAGGCGGAGGAGAUGAGGUCCAGGCUGGCCAGCCGCAAACAGGAGCUGGAGGACGUGCUGACGGAGAUGGAGAGUCGGCUGGAGGAGGAGGAGGAGCGAGGAACGCAGCUGAGUAACGAGAAGAAGAAGAUGCAGCAGAACAUUCUGGACCUGGAGGAGCAGCUGGAAGAGGAGGAGAGUGCCAGGCAGCGCCUCCUGCUGGAGAAAGUCUCCCUGGAGACCAAAGUCAAGAGUCUAGAGAACGACCUCCUGACCACGGUGGAGCAGAGGGAUCGCCUCAGCAAGGAGAAGAAGCAGCUGGAGGAGCGUCUGAGCGAGGUGACGGACCACCUGACCGAGGAGGAGGAGAAGAGCAAGAGUCUGAACAAGCUGAAGAACAAACAGGAGGCCGUCAUCGCCGACCUGGAAGACCGGCUGAAGCGCGAGGAGCAGAGCCGCCUGGAGCAGGACAAGUGGAAGCGGAAGAUGGAGGCGGAGGCGUUGGAGGCGCAGGAGCAGCUGUCAGACUUGGGCAUGAUGUCGGGCGAGCUGAGGGGCAGCCUGACCCACAAGGACAAGGAGAUCAGCACCCUGCAGAGCCGGCUGGAGGAGGAGGGCACGUGCCGGGCGGAGGCCCAGCGGGCGCUGCGGGAGGCCAUGUCCCAGGUGUCGGAGCUGAAGGAGGAGGUGGAGAACGAGCGCGGCAUGCGGGAGCGGGCCGAGAAACUGCGGCGGGACCUGGGGGAGGAGCUGGAGGCGCUGAGGACGGAGCUGGAGGACACGCUGGACACCACGGCGGCCCAGCAGGAGCUCAGGUCACGUCGGGAGGCGGAGUUGGGCGAACUUCAGCGUUGCAUCGAAGACGAGACGCGGCGCCACGAGUCGCAGCUGUCCGAGCUGCGGGUCAAACACAGCUCGGCCGUGGACAACCUGCAGGAAGAGCUGGACAACAGCAAGAGGGCGCGGCAGUCCCUGGAGAAGGCCAAGGCGGCGCUGGAGGAGGAGCGGCAGAGUCUGACGGCGGAGCUGAAGAGCCUCCAGACCAGCCGCACGGAGAGCGAGCGCGGCCGCAAGAGGGCAGAGGGUCAGCUGCAGGAGGUGACGGCACGCCUGGGUCAGGCCGAGCGCGAGAAGGAGGAGCGGGAGGAGCGAGUCCACAAGCUGCAGACUGAAUGUGAGAAUCUCUCCAGCAACCUGUCCUCCUUUGACAGCAAGUCCCUCCGUCUGUCCAAAGAAGUCAGCAACCUGGAGAGCCAGCUGCACGACACGCAGGAACUACUGCAGGAGGAGAACCGUCAGAAGGUGUCUCUGGCAUCAAGGGUGCGAGCGCUGGAGGAUGAGAGGAUCCUGGUGGGGGAAAGACUGGAGGAGGAGGAGGAGAAAGGCAGAGAGUGGACUCGUCAGAUCCAGACUCUGAGUCAGCAGCUGAGCGAGAUGCGGAAGCAGUCGGAGGAGACCAACACGGCGGUGGAGUCGGGCGAGGAGGCCCGCAGGAAGCUGCAGCGGGAGCUGGACGGCACCAUCCAGAGGGAGCGCCAGCGGGAGGAGGAGAAGGAGCGCGUGGAGAGGCAGCGGGAGCGUCUCAGGGAGGAGAUCGAGGACAUGACUCUGGCCUUGCAGCGGGAGAGGCAGAACUGCAUGGCCCUGGAGAAGAGGCAGAAGAAGUUCGACCAGUGUCUGGCCGAGGAGAAGGCGGUGAGCACUCGCGUAGCCGAGGAGAAGGACCGAGCCGAAGCGGACAGCAGAGAGAAGGAGACGCGAUGUCUGUCCCUGACCCGGGCGCUGCAGGAGGCCCAGGACCAGAGGGAGGAGCUGGAGAGGUCCAACAAGCAACUCCGCGCGGAAAUGGAACAGUUGGUCAACCAGCAGGACGACGUGGGGAAGAGCGUCCACGAGCUAGAGCGCACCCGUCGCUCUCUGGAGACGGAGGCCGAGAGCCUCCGCGCUCAGACGCAGGACCUGGAGGAGGAGCUGAUGGAGGCGGAGAACUCCAGGUUGAGGUUGGAGGUCACCCUGCAGGCCUUGAAAGCUCAGUUUGAGCGGGAGCUCGGCAGCAGCGAGGAGAAGGGCGAAGAGAAGCGGAGGGCCCUCAGCAAGCAGGUGAGGGAGCUGGAGAUCCAGCUUGAGGAGGAGCGCAGUCAGCGCUCUCAGGCGGUCAUGUCCAAGAAGCAGCUGGAAGCCGAGCUGCAGGACUCCGAGGCACAGAUGGAAACGUCCAGCCGCAGCAAGGAGGAGGCUGUCAAGCAUCUCCGGAAGCUGCAGGGUCAGCUGAAGGAGCUGCUUCGAGAGCUGGAUGAGACCAAGAUGACCCGGGACGAGGUGAUCGCACAGUCCAAAGACAACGACAAGAAGAUCCAAACCCUGGAGGCCGAAGUCCGGCAGCUCACUGAGGAGCUGUCUGUGUUCGACCGCCAGAGGAGACAAGCUCAGAAGGAGAUGGCGGAAAUGGCCGAGCAGAUUUUCAACAACAGUUCUGGAAAGGCGCAUUCUGACGAGAAGCGUCGGCUGGAGGCCAGAGUCAGCCAGCUGGAGGACGAGCUGGAGGAGGAGCAGACCAACUCUGAGAUUCUGAGAGAGCGGCACAGGAAGAUGACGUCACAGGUGGAAACUAUGAACGUGCAGCUGCAGGGCGAGAGGACGCUGGCCCAGAAGGCGGAGGCGUCGCGGGAGCAGCUGGAGAGGCAGAACAAGGACAUGAAGACCCGGCUGGAGGAGCUGGAGGGGACCGUGAGGGGCAAACACCGACUCAGCGUCGCCGCCCUGGAGGCCAAGAUAGAAUCCAUGGAGGAGCAGCUGGAGCAAGAGAGACAGGAGCGUGCCAUCGCCAACAAGCUGGUGAGGAAGACGGAGAAGAAGCUGAAGGAGGUGAUGAUGCAGGCGGAGGACGAGAGGAGACACGCAGACCAGUACAAAGACCAGCUGGACAAGUCCAUGGUGCGCCUGAGGCAGCUGAAGCGGCAGCUGGAGGAGGUGGAGGAGGAGAACUCGCGCUCCAACGCUCAGAAGAGGAAGCUGCAGAGAGAACUGGAAGAGCUGACGGAGAACAGCCAGAGCAGGAUGCGCGAGAUCAGCAGCCUGCGGAACCAGCUCAGCGUCCCUGAAUGGAGGCCAGAGCAACGAGCAGUGUUGCCCGUGACGAUGCGAGGGCGGCGGGCGCUGCUGGACGAUUACUCACUGGACAACUCUGACUCUGAGGAGCCCCCCGCCUCCCCCACGCCCCCUCCAGGGAUGCCCAGGACCCCGCCUCCGCCCGCAGACCUCAGCUUGGAAACCACAGCGGCUUACAGCGUCAACAACACACACCAAUGAUGCGCACACACACACACGUUUAUAUGAGGGGGCCAACACACACACACACACUACACACAUGUUUAUAUGGGGGAGGGGGGGUUGGGGGGGGUCACUUUGACACCAUUUUGUACAUGAAGCAUAUGGAUUGAUGCUAAGCUAACAGUGUUUCCCACAGAACUGCAAUCUACUUGUGGCGGCGUCUCAUUUGCAUAAAUGGCCUUUCUUGAAGAGCCUGCUUUCAGGCUCCGCCCCCCAAAAGUGGCUUUUUUUGCCCCAAAAAGAGAAAGCUUUUGUGCCAGCAUUGUUGGCUAAUUUGACACUUCAACCCAAAGUUCAUGGUUACCUUUAGAAGUGUGCUAUCGGUCGCUUUGUUAGCGUGCUAAGCUAACAUUCGCAUGUUAGCGCGUCAUGCUGGCUAUUUUUGUAUUACAGUGCCAAGAUAUUGCCGUACAGUAACAGAUACUACAAUACCAAGAUAUUGCCGUACAGUAACAGAUAAUACACUAAAGUACAAGAUAUUGCCAUACAGUAACCGAUACUACACUACAGUACCAAUGUAUUGCAGUAGAGUAACAGAUACUACACUACAGUACCAAGAUAUUGCAGUACAGUAACAGAUACUACACUACAGUACCAAAUUAUUGCAGUACAACAGAUACUGUACUACAGUACCAAUAUAUUGCAAUACAGUAACAGAUACUACACUACAGUACCAAGAUAUUGCAGUAGAGUAACAGAUACUACACUACAGUACCAAAAUAUUGCAGUACAGUAACAUACUGCACUACAGUACCAAAAUAUUGCAGUACACUAACAGAUACUACACUGCAGUACCAAGAUAUUGCAGUACAGUAACAGAUACUACACGACAGUACCAAGAUAUUGCAGUAGAGUAACAGAUACUACACUACCAAAAUAUUGCAGUACACUAACAUACUACACUGCAGUACCAAAUUAUUGCAGUACAACAACAGAUACUGCACUACAGUACCAAUAUAUUGCACUACAGUAACAUACUACACUACAGUACCAAGACAUUGCAGUACAACACCAUACUACACUACAGUGCCAAGAUAUUGCACUACAGUACCAAGAUAAUGCAGUAUAUAACAGAUACUACACUGCAGUACCAAGAUAUUGCAGUACAGUAACAGAUACUACACUACAGUACCAAUAUAUUGCACUACAGCACCAAAAUAUUGCGGUAGAGUAACAGAUACUACACUACAGUACCAAGAUAUUGCAGUAUAUAACAGAUACUACACUGCAGUACCAAGAAAUUGCAGUAGAGUAACAGAUACUACAAUAUAUUACAGUACAGUAACCAAUACUAAAAGAUUCCCUUAGAAGUGUGCUAGCGGUUUCUUUGUUAGCAUGCUAGCCUAACAUUCGCAUGCUAGCGUUUCAUGCUAGCUGUUUUUGUACGUUUUAACCUAAUGGGGGAGUUGAGUUGACAUGUUGACAUGCUAACAGUAACGUUAGAAAUGGAGCAUAUUUUAUUUUGCGCAGUGUUUCUUUGUUGUACUUUGUACGUCCGUGACUAUCUUAAAUGCUGGUAUAAAAUUUUAGCAUGCUAUAUUAUUAGCAUGCUAUAUUAUUAGCAUGCUAGUGUUUUGUGCUAGCCAUUUUUGUACUUUUGGAUUUUGUUCCACGGUGCCAUCUUAAAAGUAUGCAAGCUGUCCACGUGAUGUCAUGCUAAGAUUAAUAUGCUAACGUUUUAUGUUAGCAAUUCAAUUCAGCUAAUUUUAUCCGUGCUGACCUAUUUGUGGAUUUUUUUUAACCCGGUGCCAUCUUAAAAGUAUGCUGUUGCGAUGCUAAUUAUGUAUGCUAGCAUUUAACAUGUUAAUGUUACGAUGCUAACAUUUUCUGCUAGUAAUUUUAGCAUUUUUCACACUUUAAUUUAUACGUAAAUAUCGAAUUAACGAAUCAUGCUAGCAUUUCAGCUAACUUUGUACUUUUAACCUAAUCAUGGACUGGGUUGCAUAGUUCCAUCUUAUAAAUACGAUAGCGCUUUUCAUGUUGACAUGCUAACGUUCAUAUGCCAACAAUACAGUGCUAACAUUUUAUAUUAGCAAUUCAGCUAAUUUUAUUCGUGCUGACCUAAUUGUGCAUUUUUUUUAAACUCGGUGCUAUCUUGAAAGUAUGCUGUUGCGAUGCCAAUUAAGUAUGCUAGCAUUUUAACAUGUUAACGUUACGAUGCUAACAUUUUCUGCUAGUAAUUUUAGCAUUCUUCGCACUUUAAUUUUUAUGUAAAUAUCGAUUUAAUGAAUCAUGCUAGCAUUUUAGCUAACUUUGUACUUUUAACCAAAUCAUGGACUUGGUUGCGUUGUGCCAUCUUACAAAUACGAUAGCGCUUCUCAUGUUGAAAUGCUAACAUUCCUAUGCCAACAAUACAGUGCUAACAUUCUAUGUUAGCAAUUCAGCUAAUUUUAUUCGUGCUAACCUAAUUGUGGAUUUUUUUUAAGUCGGUGCCAUCUUAAAAGUAUGCGGUUGAGAUGUUAGCAUUAGAAUGCUAAUUAGGUAUGCUUGCAUUUUAACAUGUUAACAUUACAAUGCUAACAUUUUCUGCUAGUAAUUUAGCAUUUUGCACACUAAUUUUUACGUGAAUACUUAUCGAUUUAACGACUCAUGCUAGCAUUUUAGCUGACUUUGUACUUUUAACCUAAUCAUUGACUUGGUUGCAUAGUGCCAUCUUACAAAUACGAUAGAGCUUUUCAUAUUGACAUGCUAACAUUCAUAUGCCAACAAUACGGUGCUAACAUUUUAUUCUAGCAAAACUUUUUAUUUUAUUUUAUACAUACAUGGUUUACUUAAAUUGUAGUAUAACAUUUUAGCAUGCUAACAUUAGCAUGUCUACCUUAAUAGCUAAUUGUGUACUUUUUAACCUAAUAAUCAUGGUUUUCUUUACUUUGUGCCCUCUUUGAAAGUAUGCUAGCUGUAUGUAGCUGUUUACACGUUGACAUGCCAACAUUAGCAUGUUAAAAUUUAAUGCUAGCAAUCUAGCACAUUUUUUUUUAUUUUGUACGUAAAGUAAAUCUUACAUUUGCAUCUUAACAUUAGCAUGCUAUUGCCUUAUCUUAGAAUUUAGGUAAUAUUUGUACUUUUUAACUUUAUAAUAAUGGAUUUGUUUUAGUGCCAUCUUUAUUAAGUAUUCUAGCUGUUUAAAUGUUGACAUGCUAACAUGUUAACAUUGUAUGCUAGCAAUUUAGCAGUUUUUUUAUUUAAAUACGCACAUAAUUAUCUUAAACGCCACCUUAAAAUGUUGGCUAACAGAAUGUUUGUUUAAUACGCACACAAUUAUCUUAAACGCUAGUAUAAAAUAUUAGCAUGCAAACAUCCUGUUAGCAUGCUAACACUGGAACACUUGGCAUACUUGCAAGAUGGCGCCAUGUCACCAAAUGAAGUCCGACCAGGUGUGUUCAGAAGUAGCGUUACCUUGUGAGGACACACACACACGCACACACACAGAGUCCCAUCAUGAUGUGUCAAAAGCCGCCACAAAGUAGUGAAAGUGUGGGAAACGCUGCAAUAAACGUAAAGGAAAGAAGCAGCACCCUCCUCCCCCGCCUCCAUGAAAGCCGUGUUGAUGCCAACCUGAAAAAAGAAAAAAAAAGAAUUGCUUUGAAAAAAAAAGGAUAAUUCUUGCUGUUUGAUGACUACUUGUGACAAAAGUGUGUUUACAUAAAAAAAAAAAAAAAGCAAACAACGAAAUAAAAAUCUGCACUUUUUUUCUGAGGCACACAAGGAACCUUCUGGAAAAGCAAUAUUUAUUAUGGAAAUAAAUCCCUCAACAUUCA